AAUAGGAGGGAGGUGCGGAGACGGAGAACUGAGAGGCGCUUCGGCUCUGGUAAUACGCCGGCCAUUUCUUUCCUGACGGAAAUUUGGUUGCCUGUCUGCUCCGGCGUUUCCGGUCCGAACUCGCCGUUGGAUUGCUUCCCGGGGCUGUGAAUUCGGAUUCCAAUUUAGUUGUUCUUGAGGGAGGAAUUUGCUGGUGGGAAUCGGUGUCCCGAAUGAUGGAAUUUUAGAGUUUUGAUUUAGUUGUCGCUCUUUCUUUCUUUUUCGCCUCUGCGCGACUUUUGUUUGCGUUUGUUUGAUGAAGGCGGGCGAAACGGCCGCCGGUGGUUGAGAUCACUGAUAUUAAUUGAAGGUCUAGUGUGAUCCAACAUAACUAUUGAUGUUAGAUUGGAUUAUCUUUUGGGAAACUCUGGACAAAGCUCUCCAAGGUCAAUAGUGUCUCCCUGCAGUUAUUGAUGAGCUUCUUCAAACUUGCUGGUUGUUGACAGAGAUGCAAAAGCAUGUUGUUCUUGAUCAACAUAUUAAUCCCUUGCAUAUAUUGCCACAGCAUUCUCUUCGUCGUUCAGGUAAUAAGUCUCCAUGUAUAGUGACUGAGCAGCACUCUCUCCCUGCCAUCCUUCCAGAGAAAUGUAGCAAGGUUAGAUCUAUGCGAGUAAAUCAGGAAAAUAUGAUCAACGAAGAUCCAGAUAAAGUGAAGGUGCAUGAUCACAGAAUUGACGUAGGAGAUGAAAAGUCAGAUUUGUUGGGGUAUGUGGUGAUAUCGGGGAAGUUAGUCUUGGACAAGAAAACUACCAAUACUAAUGCUGACAUCCAGAGUGCAAAAGAAAGUACAGAUCAGAUUGCUUUUGAUGCUAAGCUUACAAGGCAGGCAUUAGUUUGGAGGACUCACACCUUGUAUCUUGAUGACAUCAUUUCUGUCUCCUACCAUAAUGGUCUCAGACAUUUUACGGUGCAUUCAUAUCCGACAAAGAGGAAACCUUGUGGUCUGCCUUGUCUUUUCAAGCCUAAGAAGUGCAGAAAGGACUUCAGGUUCUUGGCUUCUUCUGCAGAAGAGGCCCUUAAAUGGGUUGCUGGAUUUGCAGAUCAGCAGUGUUAUGUGAAUUGCUUGCCUCAUCCAGUGUCUUCAAAAAGGCAAGGGUCCCCCAUGAUUAAUAGUGAUUUUUCACCUGAGAAAUAUAUCAGAUGUAAAAGCCCACCAAAUGUUCUUGUUAUACUGAAUCCACGUUCAGGACGUGGCCGUUCAAGCAAGAUUUUCUAUAGCAAAGUGGAACCCAUAUUCAAGCUUGCAGGUUUCAAUAUGGAAGUUAUCAAUACCAAAUCACCUGGUCAUGCAAGGACCCUUGCUUCUACUGCUGACUUCAACACUUGCCCUGACGGAAUUAUAUGUGUUGGUGGGGAUGGAAUCGUCAAUGAGGUUUUAAAUGGUUUGCUCAGUCGCAAUGACCAGAAAGAAGCUAUUUCAAUUCCAAUUGGCAUCAUCCCUGCUGGUUCUGAUAAUUCACUUGUUUGGACCGUUCUAGGGGUUAGAGACCCUGUGUCUGCUGCAAUAGCUAUUGUAAAGGGGGGGCUUACAGCUGCAGAUGUUUUUGCUGUGGAGUGGAUGCAAACUGGUGUGAUACACUUUGGUAUAACUGUUUCAUACUAUGGGUUUGUUAGUGAUGUAUUGGAGCUAUCUGAGAAGUAUCAGAAGCGUUUUGGUCCUCUUCGUUAUCUUGUGGCGGGAGUUCUUAAAUUUUUCUGUUUGCCAAAGUAUAGUUUCGAGGUGGAAUAUCUUCCUGUAUCAAAGGCCACACCAGAAGAUGAAGUAACUGUGCCAGCGAACAGAGAACCUCUAGAUUCUUCAUAUUUUCCAGACACAAUGAAAAAGACUACGACAGAGGGGAUGCACAGGGCAUCAAGUUUGUCAAGUAUUGACUCAAUCUUGACUCCCAGUCGAAUUUCAGAGGAGCUGGAUACAACUUCUAGCACUCUUGCAGGCAAUGAACCUUCUGACUAUGUUCGUGGUAUAGACCCCAAAAUGAAGCGCAUGUCUUCUGGCAGAAACAACAGCAUACAUGAACCAGAAGAAGUUCUUCAUCCACAACCGCACCUAUCAGCAAACCCCAACUGGCCAAGGACCAGAUCAAAAUCAAGGACAGAUAAAGGCUGGGCUGGUUUGAUUUCAACAAAUGAUUCUCGUGGGGCUUGGGGAACUGUGGCAGCAAAUGAAAGGGAAGAUAUUUCAUCAACAGUGUCUGAUCCAGGGCCAAUCUGGGAUGCAGAACCUAAGUGGGAUGCUGAACCCAAAUGGUAUGCAGAAUCCAACUGGAUUCCUGAUGACGCAUUCAAGCUGUCUGGGCAAGAUGAUGACAUAGAAAGGGGAACGGUGAAAGAUGAAGUGCCAAAACAAGAAGAAAAGUGGGUUGUUAAGAAAGGGGAGUUUCUUGGUGUAUUGCUCUGCAACCAUGCGUGCAAGACAGUGCAAAAUUUGAAUUCUCAAGUGCUUGCACCAAAAGCAGAGCAUGACGACAAGGCACUGGAUUUGUUGCUCGUUCAUGGGAAUGGAAGGCUAAAACUAUUAAGAUUCUUUUUGUUAAUGCAAUUCGGCAAACACCUUUCACUGCCCUAUGUCGAGUAUGUACAGGUAAAAUCUUUACGACUUACACCGGGAAAAAAUGCUCAUUGUGGGUGUGGAAUUGAUGGUGAGCUUCUUCCGAUGAAUGGUCAUGUUGUUGCCUCGUUGCUCCCUGAUCAGUGCAGAUUAAUCGGGCGCCCAGCACAGGAUCGUGUAUAGCUUAGUGGUCUUAUUACUUUGUAGGCUCUGCUGCCACUUAUGAGUUGGUGCAGCUUGUAGCAACGGAUGGUCAGGAGCAUCAAUAUGUUUCUUACUGCUCUUCGCUCUGUCCUUUCAACAUUUGCUUGUAAAUUGAUGCAAACUCUUUAACGAUAGGGGGUUCAUUCUUUUCCCCUAGUGUCUCCUUGUCAUCUUUUUGUAGUUGCAAUAAAAUUUUUUGUACACCGUA